AAUUUCCCCUCGUGCUAAAAUGGCUACCCUUCGUUUCUUAUCUCCUCCUACUCUCCUCCACAAUCCAACUGAUUUCUAUUCUGCUACAGUAUCAUCUCCGAAACGCUGUCUUUCUCUCUCAUCAAAUAACCGUAAUCGCGAUGUUCGUCUUCGCUCGCGUAGCAAUAGUGUGAAUCAAAACCUAGAUUUGCCCAAAUCUGGGCAAUGGCGGACUGGGGUUUCUUUCUUUUCGUCUUUCUUGGUCAAAAGCACUGAAAUUGAGAGGCUGAAGCAGGAGCUUCUUGAGGCUAUUGCGCCACUGGAUCGCGGCGCCGCCGCAACGCCGGAGGAUCAGCAGCGUGUUGAUAAGAUUGCAUGCAAACUUGAGGCAACUAAUAAAGUGAAGGAACCGCUCAAUUCAAAUCUUCUAAAUGGGAAAUGGGAGCUUUUGUAUACAACAUCCAAAUCAAUUCUUCAAACUGAGAGACCCAAGUUUCUGAGACCAAAUGGAAAAAUCUUCCAGGCAAUUAACGCGGACACAUUGAGGGCCCAAAAUAUGGAAACUUGGCCAUUUUUCAAUCAGGCUACUGCCAAUUUGGUUCCACUGAAUGCAAGAAGAGUAGCUGUUAAAUUUGACACUUUCAAGAUUGCUGCUGUGAUACCUAUUAAGUCUCGUGGAAGUGGACGUGGACAAAUUGAAAUUACAUUCUUGGACGAAGAGUUGAGGAUAACAAGGGGCAAUCAAGGGAACUUGUUCAUAUUGAGAAUGGUGGAUCCAUUGUAUAGGGUACCUCCCUAGUAUCCAAGAAAAGUAUGUGUUUAUAAAAGCGUGUUUGUAAUUACAUUUAUAUUAUACAAAAACAUCUUAAUGUAAUUACGGGAACAUAUCUCCAAGCAAACCUCUGUAACAUAGAAAUAUUUGUUGCAUAAACUUAGGAGUUUAUUUUCCACAUAAUAUUAUACAUAGUAAGGAUAAAUUACAAAA